AUGAAUAAUAUAUUAGAAUAUUUAGAAACUAGAGAUUAAGAAAUUGGAGUAAUCUAAGUUAUCUGUUUAUAGCCAUUAAUCAUUGAAUACUUCAAUGUAAAUUAUGAUUUAACAUGUGCAAUUAGCAAUAUAAUAAAUUAGAAUACUGACAUCUGUAUUUUUAAAAUAUAGAAGCAACAACAAAAUAAUAACCAGAAUUAAGAAAAAACCUAAUGGGAUUACUAUAGGGAUAAUAAAAUAAUAGCAACUAUUUCAAACAAAGAAGAAAUACUAUAAAAGCAUCUUUAGGGUUUUAAAGAAUAACUAUUUAUUAAAUUCUCCAUUUUUGAUGAAAAUGAUAAACCAAAUUACUUAGAUCGAUGCCAAAAAACAAUAAAUUAUAUCUAAAUGAAAUAAAAAGACAUUAUGUUUAGCAAAUAAGAUACUUUAUAUUUAGCAGAAGAAGUUAAAGAACAUUGUUAAUAAUGGCUAACAUCAAUUUGA